AUGGAGAGCCUAGCGCAAUUAGAGGUGUUGUGUGAAAAGCUUUAUAAUUCUAGAGACUCAGCUGAGAGAGUGCAUGCAGAAAGCACCCUCAAGUGCUUCUCAGAGAAUAGCGAGUACAUUUCGCAAUGCCAAUACAUAUUGGACAAUGCCUCAACUCCAUAUGCCCUGAUGCUGGCGAGUUCAAGCUUGCUGAAGCAAGUUUCCGACCGCAGUCUUUCUUUGAAGCUCCGUCUCGAUAUACGGAAUUAUGUCAUAAACUAUCUUGCCACAAGGGGGCCUAAAUUGCAGAACUUUGUCAUUGUGUCCCUAAUUCAGCUGGUUUGUCGAAUUACAAAAUUUGGAUGGUUUGAUGAUGACAGAUUCAGAGAGACUGUCAAGGAAGCGACUGAUUUCUUAGGUCUUGCAUCUCAGGAUCAUUAUUUCAUAGGCUUGAAGAUACUAAACAAUCUCGUUACAGAAAUGAAUCAGCCAAACCUUGCGAUGCCUUCGACACUUCAUAGGAAAAUUGCGAGUUCAUUCAAGGACCAGUUUCUUCUGCAGGUCUUCCAAAUAUCAUUAACCUCACUUAACCAACUGAAGAGUGAAGCUCCGGAUGAAUUUGGACAUAUUCCUCUUGACCUUGCAUUAAAGUGCUUAUCAUUUGACUUUGUUGGUUCUCCGGUGGACGAAAGCUCUGAAGAAUUUGGAACAGUGCAGCUUCCUGCAUCUUGGAGGCCUCUUCUUCAAGAUCCUUCCACACUCCAAAUCUUCUUUGAUUACUACAAAGUCAAUGACAUACGAGUUUCAAAAGAGGCUUUGGAGUGUCUGGUGCGACUUGCUUCUGUCAGGCGCAGUAUUUUUGUGGAGGAUCCUGCAAGGUCCCUGUUUCUUUCUCAUCUGAUGCUAGGCACCAAGGAGAUACUUCUAACUGGACAAGGACUUGCUGAUCAUGACAAUUACCAUGAGUUCUGCCGUCUUUUGGGACGUUUCAAAGUGAAUUACCAGCUGGCAGAGCUUCUGAAUGUUGAGUUUUAUGGUGAAUGGAUUGGUCUAGUAGCUGAAUUUACAACUAGAUCCUUGUUGUCAUGGCAGUGGGCCAGCAGCAGUGUCUACUAUCUUCUAAGUCUUUGGUCAAGGCUGGUGACAUCCGUGCCUUACUUGAAAGGCGAAACACCAAGUCUUCUUGAUGAAACUGUUCCCAAGAUCACAGAGGGUUUUAUCACUUCUAGAAUCAAUUCUGUUCAGGCCAUCCUUGCUGACAACUCACUGGAAAAUCCUUUGGAUAGUGUGGAACUUCUCCAGGACCAGCUGGAGUUUCUUCCCUUCCUUUGCAGAUUCCAGUACCAAAGUAGUAGUCUGUACAUCAUAAACAUCAUGGAACCUCUUCUGCAAGCUUAUACGGAAAGGUCCAGAUUACCAGCUCCUGGUGAUGCUGAUGAGCUGUCUGUCAUUGAAGGCCAAAUCGCAUGGAUGGUUCACAUAAUUGCGGCCAUUGUCAAAGUUAGGCAGGUAACAGGUGCUAGCCAAGAAACACAAGAGUUAAUUGAUGCAGAACUCUCUGCCCGUGUACUGCAGUUGAUAAGUAUGACUGAUACAGGAGCACACGCACAGAGAUAUCAAGAAUUAAGUAAGCAAAGGCUUGACCGAGCUAUUCUCGUCUUUGUACAAAGUUUCAGAAGGUCAUAUGUAGGAGACCAAGCCAUGCAUGCUUCAAAGCAGUUGUAUGGAAGAUUGUCUGAGCUUCUAGGACUUAAUGACCAUUUAAUUCUUCUCAAUGUGAUUGUUGGGAAAAUUGCUACAAAUCUGAAGUGCUAUGCUGAGAGUGAGGAUGUUAUUGAUCAUACUCUGUCCCUGUUCCUUGAUCUGGCAACUGGCUAUAUGACUGGAAAACUGCUGCUUAAGCUGGAGAGUGUAAAGUUCAUCAUUGCAAAUCAUUCUCCGGAGAAUUUCUCAUUUCUUGCAGAAUACAAAUGUUCACGUAGUAGAACUACGUUCUAUUACAUCCUUGGCUCCUUAGUCUUCAUGGAAGAUAGCCCUGUGAAAUUCAGGACUUUCAUGGAACCACUUCAGCAGAUUGCAUUUAACCUGGAGGCAACUCCUGAUGCUGCUUUUCGGACUGAUGGCGCUAAGCAUGCAUUUAUUGGCUGGAUGAGAGAUCUACGUGGCAUAGCGAUGGCAACCAACAGUCGCAAGACAUAUGGCCUCCUAUUUGACUGGUUGUAUCCAUCUCGCAUGCCACUUCUGUUGAGAGCCAUCUCACUCUGCACGGAUGAACCAGAGGUCACCACACCCUUGCUCAAGUUCAUGUAUGAAUUUGUUUUGAACAAAGCUCAAAGACUGACAUUUGAUUCAUCAUCACCAAAUGGUAUCCUUUUGUUCCGAGAGGUUAGCAAGAUAGUCGUGGCUUACGGGUCGCGAAUUCUAUUGCUUCCUAAUGGCACAGACAUUUAUGGAAGUAAAUACAAAGGCAUAUGGAUCUCACUGACUGUUCUUUCAAGGGCUUUGUGUGGGAACUAUGUCAAUUUUGGUGUAUUUGAGCUGUACGGUGACAGAGCGCUUGCUGAUGCCCUUGAUAUAUCUCUGAAGAUGACCCUCUCAGUUCCAUUAUCUGAUAUAUUGGCAUUCAGAAAGCUGUCGAAGGCGUACUUUGGGUAUAUGGAAGUUCUGUUCAACAACCAUAUCAAGUUUGUUCUCAAUUUGGACACGAACACAUUCAUACAUAUUGUCAGCUCACUCGAAUCUGGCUUAAAAGGUCUAGAUACAGGGAUAUCAACACAGUGCGCUUCUGCCAUCGACAGCCUGGCAGCCUUUUACUUUAACAACAUUACAUCUGGUGACUCACCUCCAUCACCAGCUUCAGUAAAUCUCGCGCGGCAUAUUGGAGAGUAUCCCAAUUUGUUUCCUCAGAUACUGAAGACACUUUUUGAGAUCAUGCUCUUUGAGGAUGCUGGUAAUCAGUGGAGUCUGAGUCGACCAAUAUUGAGCCUGAUAAUGACCAGUGAACAGAUGUUCAGUGAACUCAGAGCGCACAUAUUAGCAUCACAGACUGUGGACCAGCAACGACGCCUUUCACAGUGCUUCGAUAAGCUGAUGACGGAUGUCAACAGGAACUUGGAACCUAAGAAUCGCGACAGAUUCACUCAAAACCUGACAGCAUUUAGACGUGAUUUCCGACUGAAGUAA